AUGUGUAAUCCUGCACUCUAUGUGCUUUUGGGAUUACUUUUUUAUGCCCAGUACCGGUGCUGGGAGUGUCCCGGUAGCUGCGAAUGUUUUGCGGUCACGCGUACAGUGAAAUGUAUCUUUGAAGAUCUUCCCUCAGUGCCUCAAAAAGGGAUCCCAGGCUAUGCAAGGACUCUCAUCAUCACGGGAAAUAAUAUUUACAGGAUUGGAGCAGAUUCUUUUGCAGAGCUGGAGAAUGUUUCCAAUGUCAUGUUGAGCAAUAAUGGCAUCACAGAGAUGGCCUCCCACAGCUUCUCUGCCCUCAUCAACCUGCGCUCCCUGGAUUUGAGUGGCAACCAGCUGGCGCUCAUACACCCGGAGGCUCUCAGUAUCCCCGGCAGCCCACUGCAGGAUCUCAACCUUAGUCGCUCGCUUUAUAACUUCACAGCCCUGACAGACCUCACCACAGCUCUGCGAUGGGGGGACCUUCGGGGGCUCCUCCGUCUGGACCUCUCUGGGAAUCACCUGGCGCUUCUCCCCCCGGGAAUGUUCUCCCACCUUCCCAAUCUGCAGCAUCUCUUCCUCGCCAACAAUUCUCUCACGGCGGUCUACAGCGGAACCUUCUCUGGCAUGAUGGACUUGAAGGCGCUCGACUUGACGCACAAUGCAUUUGAGGCAUUUAAAGAUGACGAUCUCAAAGAGUUGGAGAACCUUGGGAACAUCCGAAUCCUUCUGGGAAACAACCCUUUUUCCUGCUCCUGUGAAAUCAAGAGUUUUGUCACUUGGUUGAACGAGUCGCGGGCUCAAGUGGACAGGGAGGGUGUGCGGUGCGCGUCACCUAAGGAGCUGAACAACACCCGGGUGAGAGGGCUCGAUGUGCAAGCCAUCGGCUGCGUCGUCCCGAUCCAAGCAGAGAUUACCGACCUAACCCUACAGACGUCAUACGUCUUCCUGGGGCUGGUGCUGGGCUUUGUUGGCAUAGUCUUCCUCUUUGUGCUCUACCUCAACCGCAGAGGCAUGAAGAGGUGGAUUAUCGAAAUGAGAGAUGCAUGUCGGGAUAUAAUGGAGGGUUAUCAUUACCGAUUUGAGAUCGACUCAGACCCUCGCUUGGGACACAUCUCGGCACACAACGGCGGCAGAGAGAAUGUAGGAUUAUCCCUGUCGCAGCAGUUGCCCAAUGACACUUGCAUCGUUCCUGCAGACACGCAAGUCAAAACCCCACAUGGAACCCUAACAUCUACCACUGAAACUAGAAGGAUUUAAAAUGCUGUAAAUUUAACCAUUUACUGCCAGUAGGUUUAUUUUAUGUCUCUGAGAUUGUGCAUGUACUGCAGAUGUAACAAAUAAACCUUACUUUUUAAAGUGCCUUCAUGCGUGGAUGGCACCAGAGCUUUA